AUUUACCACGUGAGGUCAUACUCAGGCGUUUUGUCUUGCUCAUUACCCACCAUCAUCUCCCAGCGCUUAGAACUUCUCGAUUUGGCACGGGCUAGUCAGCAAUAAUUAAGGGGAGCACGAGACCCCAAUUGUCUGCCCCUAAGCGCAUAAUCGAGGCUGCCUGUACUGCCGAAGAGACGGAAGGAGGAACGGAAUCCACACUAUGGUUUUGCAGCUCUCUGAACUGCCAAACGAGCUUCUGGUGGCGAUUUUCAGAGCCUGCGUUUCCGCGGACUCAGAAUGGGCGUCUAAAGGCACGACCUCUGAGACCCUUCCCAUCAUCAUUCAAGUCUGCCGUUUAUGGCGUUCCCUCGCUCUCGACACCUCGGAACUAUGGUCUGACAUCUCCGUGGACCUCUGCGAUGCGCAAUCGUACGCGCGGGCGAGCACAUACGUCUCACGCUCGCGGGACCAUGCGUUGGCUAUCCAUGUCAACUGCGUCCCGGAGAGCGACGAAAUACCGCAUCUCGACUUCAUCGCUGGGCUUGUUCCGCGCAUCACAUGGCUCAUCAUCCGGGGACGGGCGAUGUCGACGGUCGAGCAGAUCCUCGCGACGGUAGAGGGCGCCCCUCUGCUGCGGCGCUUGGAGUACUCGGUCUACCAGAACGACCACCCUCGCCAACACGAGUUCUGGGGGCUUUCGGAGCAUCCUGUGGUCCGGCUUCCAAUGCUCCGGCAUCUGAAGGCAAUUCGCGGGUGCGAACAAUGCGCCCCGCGCCUGGCUGGCCUCGUAUCCCUCAAUAUCACUCACCUUCCUCCGCUCGCGUUGGCGAAUAUCAUCCGCGAUUGCCCAUCUCUGGAGAGUCUUGCGCUUCCUCUCUAUGAUCCAUUUGUCGCAGGCAGCGAUGCAGAAGCGCCUUCACUCGUAGAGGCGCCGUCAAUCAAGCGUUUCGCGGUGGAUGCGAUAGAUAGCCUUGCGCGUGGGCCAUGCGUCCCCAUUUCCCUGCCCAACCUCGAAUACCUUGAGCUAUCUGAUGAUCGCGGGUACUCCAGUGAGGGCUACUCCCAAUUAUUCCCGCCUCCGAAGGGCGCGCCGAAAUCGACAAACCCAUUCCCGAAACUGCACACUCUGCAUUUGCAUAAUGGGUACGAUUUCGAGCGAUCCUUGUGCAUGCCCUUCCUCCGGUCGCUCUCCACCGUUCGCCACCUGCUGCUCACAAAUCCGGACACGCUUCCGGUAUCCGAGAAAUCUUGGUCUGGCCUACAGAGCAUGCACGUCAACACCGUGCUUUACACCGGAGAGCCGCGGACGGGACUUUUCCUGACAUCGGAGGACCUGAAGGCUUUUGCGGGGGCACGGCCUGCGGUGGAGAUUAUCGUCCCCGACCACGAAACUGUGUCGGUAGAUCUUCCUUUCCGUCGCGUACCACACGGCGAGUAUGGCCUCAUAUCGUCCGACGAUGUCGCAGAGGAAGAUGAUGGGUUCUUCUCGGACGAGAUGGAGGGCAUGUUCGAGAUCGACCAUGACUUUGAGUCGGACUGGGAUGAUUAUGAAGAUGAGGAAGAAGACGAUGAUGAUGUUUACGACGACCUGUGAAGUCGUCAGCAUAUUCUUGUGAUGUACUAGUAGCCUAUACACUUGCAUGCAACGUUGUGUUUGGUUCUG